AGCAUUUGGUCAGACGUGCAACAAGUGUGGGAAGAAGAAUCACUUCGUGGUGGGCUGUCAAGCUACAACUAAGUCCAGAAACAUCAGUGAGCUGACAACACAAGAGGAUCAGUUUUUCGUGGAUUCAAUAAACUGCGAAUCAAAAGUUUGGAUAUGGACUCAGCAGCUGUUGAUAGCUGUUUCAGAACUGAAUAUCAACAUGGAGGCAACGGAGCAGGAGAAGCCGCUGGUCAAAGACUUGAACGAACAUAUCGUGUGCCCUCUCUGCAGAGGCUACCUCAUAGACGCAACGACUCUCGUGGAGUGUCUGCAUUCUUUUUGCAGAGGUUGCAUUGUCAGAAGGUUGAGCAGCGGUGCCCGAGCGUGUCCCGUAUGCAACGUCGCGACGUCUCCGCCUCUCUUGCCGGACGUAAAGCUACAACAACUGGUAUAUCUCGUGGUACCAGGCCUCUUCCGGUCCGAGCUCGAACGGAGGCGUCACUUCCGGUUGGUGAACCCGCAAUGUCCACCUUUAGUCCCGCCGUUGGGGGCCCUCGACUUGACCUUGGACGAUUUCGUAAGCCUGAGCCUCUGCGAGCUCGGCGAACCGGAAGAAGAAGUGGACGGUCAAUCGGCAGAGAACCACGACGCGUCGCGACAUCGAACGAACAACGACGAGACGACGAACGAAGACGGGAAUCGGGUUAGAAAUACGCGGUACCUGAAGUGUCCGGCUGGGGUGACGGUUCGACACCUCCUGAGACUGCUGAUGCUGAAGAGGGGCUGGGAAGAGACGAAUCCUCACGGGGCGAACGUCAAUGCGAUAGAGAUGCUGUGCGAAAAGUAUAACGAGGACGGUGGCGUGGAAACGAUGGUUUUGGAUCAGUCUUGGACUCUGCUGGACCUUGCUCGCAUAUUCGGCUGGAAGAGAGUGAGUUUUGUUAUUCAGUUCUUUUAUUUUGUAGAGUAACGCUGUGUACACUCGUGGAUUGACACAUUGGUCGCUGCAGAAUUAUGAAAUGGGUGACAGGACUUUUCAUUGUGAAACAAAGAAAAUUAAUUCGGAAGGUGAGACGAUAGUGGAAUUAAAUCUGGAGAGGAUUCGUGAAUUUAGGGACGUUCAAAAAUGAAAUAUUAGGUUGUCCCGAAAGUUUCUUUCGCGAG